AGAGGCACCGAGCCUGAGGUCGGUUGUGCGCCGGAGAGAUGUCGGUCCUCAGUGUGCGCGCAGCCGCCAGCGCAGACGCACGCGCUGGCAGACCGUGCGAUGUCGUAGCCCCCAUGGUGUACCCUGAGGCGUCCCGCUGGGGAGCGCCCGACUCGCUAGCGCCCCUCUACGAUGACGUCUACCGAGCGGACGGGGUUCUCUCUACCGUGAACGUAGUGGAGGCGCUGCAGGAGUUUUGGCAGGUGAAGGCAUCGAGGAACGGAGGCGCGGGAAGCGGUGGCGCGCUCGUCAUAUACGAGUCCGUGCCCGCCGCGCAUCCGCCCUACGUCUGCUAUGUCACGCUACCGGGAGGCGCCUGCUUCGGCAGCUAUCAGCAUAAUUGUCCUACAAAAGCUGAGGCGCGACGGAGCGCGGCAAAGAUCGCGCUCAUGAACAGCGUGUUUAACGAUCACGAGUCGCGCCGCAUAUCGGAGCACUUCAUCGAGAAGGCGGUGGCGGAGGCGAGAGCGUCGUUCGCUGGGGACACCGCCUCCCCUCACCAGGAUCCCAGUGCAGGAAUAGCUGCUUUUAGAUUUAUGCUGGAAGCAAACAAGGGUCGUACGAUGCUCGAAUUCCAGGAACUGAUGACGGUGUUUCAGCUGUUACACUGGAACGGUUCGUUAAGGGCAAUGCGCGAGCGGCAGUGCUCGCGGCAGGAGGUAGUCGCGCACUACUCGGCUCGAGCGCUAGACGACGCGAUGCGGGAGCAAAUGGCGCGUGAGUGGGCUUCGAGGGAGCGGGAGGCGGCCGCGACGGGUGGUGGAGUGAUUCGGAGCGAGCUCGCGCGGGCGGAGCGAGAACUCCGUGCCGCUAGGGUCGCGGCCCGCGAGCUGCGCUUCCCCAAGGAAAAACGAGACAUCCUCCUACUGGCUGCACGCCUCGCGCCCCCGCAGCAACAGUGAUCUCACCGCGCGAUUAUAUUUGUUAUUUAAGUAUAGUUAUAUAGUGUAAGAAUAAA